AUGGCAGCAGGCCUUGACAUUGCUCGAAGAGAUGUUGCGCGCGAGGUUGGAGCCAGACAGGUCACAUACCUCGGCGGGAUCAGCGCGUGCGGAAAAGGCGCAGCGUGGUGGCCGGCGCUGUCCCUGCUCGCCGAGAUGCGGGAGGUGAAGUUGGAGCCCGACGUCAUCAGCUACGGCGCCGCGAUCAGCGCGUGCGAGGAGGGCGCACAGUGGCGGCAGGCAGUCGCGCUGCUCGGUGAGAUGCGGGAGGCGAGGGUGGAGCCCAGCGUCGUGAGCUACAGCGCCGGAGUCAGCGCGUGUGGGGUGUGUGGGCAGUGGCAGCUGGCGCUGUCUCUGCUCGCCGAGAUGGCGGAGGCCAAGGUGGAGCCCAACGUUUUUCUUCAGCUACAGCGCUGGGAUAAGCGCGUGCGAGAAGAGCGAGCAGUGGCAGCGGGCUUUGGCGCUGUUGAGCGAGAUUCGGGAGGCGAAAGUGGAGCUCAACGUUAUCGCUGUCGCUUACUGCGCUUCGAUCAGCGCGUGCGAGAAGGGUGCACAGUGGCAACAGGCUGUGGAGCUGCUCAGCGAGGCGAGGGAGGCGAAGCUGGAGCCCAACGUCACCUCUACACCGCUGGGAUUAGAGCGUGUGGGAAUGGCGGGGAGUGGCAGCGGGGCUUGGCGCUGUUCCGAGAGAUGCGGGAUGCUGCAUUGGAGCUCGGCGUCAUAAGCUACAACGUGGGCAUGGUCACGUGCGUGAGGGGCGGGCAGUGGCAGCAGGCUCUGGGACUGCUGGGCGAGAUGCAGGAGGCGACCGUGGAGCCCGAUGCGGUCAGCUACAACGCUGGGAUCGGCACCUGCGAGAGAGCAGCCGGGCGUGCCGCCUGUCUCGGCCCGCCCGGGCUCCCGAUCCUCCACGGGCCGGGCUGGGUUCGCUCCUGA